AGACGAGGGAAAACGAACUACUAUAGUGAUAGAUCGAAGAAUUUCUUGGAGAGUAGCAAGGUAAGCGCCGUUGGAUGAGCUGUGGCUGUAGAUGGGGAGGAGGGUCGGGAGGUGGUAGGAUGAAGGUUUGAAGUUGGGCUGGUCAGUGAGAUAUUGGUGGGUGAGAUGGUAGCCUUGGGGGUGAAGUUGGAGAUGUCACGCGGCCCCUAGAAGCGAUAUGGACCUCUCAAAAUUUCACCUACGAUCGAUCCGACGGAAGCCGAUCAAGGCUUCCGUCGGAGUUCAGAUACUACUUAUCUUCUGCUCGGCCUUGCUUAGACGCACUUCAACCUCCAACACCCAACUCCCCUCUACAAGACAAUCACGACAACAUGUCUGCAGGCAUCGGCAAGGGCGCUCAGCAGAGCAUCGCUGAGAGAUUGGAUGAUGCGCCGCCAACACUUCCCCCGUUCAUGAGACUUCCGUUGGAGAUGCGCCGCAAGAUCUAUCAAUAUCUCCUCAAAGCGGUCCUCUACAUUGUUCUGUCGCCCAUGCGCACCCAGCUGGGAUGGGAAAUUCAUGGAAAAUCCAGAUUCUGCAAGUACCGAUACGAACGAGGCCGACUGCGCAGCCCGCUCUUCCCUGCCAUCCUCGGCGUCAAUCACCAGAUCCAUAUCGAGGCGACGGAUGUCCUCUACGGGGAGAACUUCUUCAUGCUUCACUAUGAUGCCGGCGUCCGGAACGGACAGCCACUGCGCGCAAAGCUGCCCAACUACUUCGACAAGAUCAAGAAUGUUUGGGUUUCUACAGAGGACAUGUCCGAUCUGGUGGCCGACGAUUUCCCGCAGAGUCUUCAGACCAUGAGGCUGUUCAGCAGCAUGAACGUAACGCACAAGAGACACGUAUGCCAUGGCUUCCAGCUGGUAGCUGCGCUCAGAAGGGCUGGCCUCCAGAUGAUCGAGUUCGAUGAACAGUACAAGUCGCUUGGGGAGUUCAAGCCGCUCCUCGUAUGUCUCAUGAACAAAGGCGAGAAAGAGGUCUAUCGACGUCUCAAGCAGUCAGGAGUGGAGAAGCCGGGUACGUUAACUCGCGAGAUGGCGAAUCUGCACUUGGGUGAAUGAUGAAGGAGAAGCUUGAGACUGACGGUGACAAGGAGCGACAGAUCAAGGCAGCAUGGGGAAAUUCAGGUUUCCUGGCAAAUUUGAGAGCUUGAGAUGGACUCUAGGGGUGAUUGGAAAGGAAAGACUCCGUCGAUGCGAUACUACACCGCCCUAUUGGU